UAUAUUGAGUUGAUUUUUAAACCACAAUAAUAUUGCAAUUCGUAUACAAAUACUUUUAAAGAUUUAUUAUAGACUGUAGAUUGGUAUUGACCAAAUGUAAACAAUAAACAGUCAAUAAUUAUAUCUAAAAAGAUAGGACUAGUGUAUGUUAUGUAAAUGGAGGACAACGAGCCUGAGAUAAAAAGACUGCAAGAGCUGUUCAAAGGACGAUUUACGUUUGAGGAAGCACAGUCACUUAUCAGCCAUCACCAUGGAGAUUGCCUGGCAGCUGCUAAUUUUGUCAUCGAUGAAGAACCUCAAAGAGUCAGAGAUGUUAUUGGCACCGAAAAUGAAUCGUGGCAAGUUAUUGCAAAUAAUCACAAUUGGAACGAUCUAGUGCGACAAGGAAUUAUCGAAAAACAGGAGAGACUGUUUGCAUGCGGUCCGUGUGAUAAUGUUUGGUGGAGGAAAGUUCCAAGUCGGAAGCUGUCAAUUUUCAGAUUAAUUGACCGAGGUGGUAAAUUCAGUACUGUUCAGAUGAUUUGCAUUCAGUCAAUUCACAACUGUUCAGAAGCGUUUUGGAAAAUUCAGUAUAUUGGUGAUCUGUACAGGUUUCAAGAUGUGUGCUGUGUCGUAUACGAUAUGAAGCUGUACCGAGACAACAUGAAUGGGGAAGAGCCAAAUAUCAAUGCCAAUUUUGUGGAAAUAUCUUCAUAGGAUUCGGACAAAUGGGAGUCGCUUCAAAUUUGUGUUACAGAUGCGAAACUGCUUGUUCACCAAUUGCUAUCCUGCCAGGACGGAGAAUUGAAGGGAGAAGAUCAAGAAAUGUCCAUUCAUGUCUCUGCCAUAAUUGUUUUAAUCGUGCAGAUGGACCUUUUGUUGAAGCAACCUGUGUCCAUCCACGAUCAUUGGACAGGCGGGUAGUUUAUGCUAGCCAACAACACAUUAGCACCGGAUCAACAGUUGAUACUUUCUUAACCCAAGAUGACUUGGCUUCCCAGGCUUCUGAUUUCGAACCAACGUUAUCAGAUAUUGAUGAAUAAUCGAGCAGCAGUUUACAAAUAGAAAAUAAAUGUUCAAAGCAGCUUUUUUAUGUAUUCUUGUGACUCUAAAAUCUCACAAAAUAUAAUUAUUUAAACACCAGGUGAAUAUUAUAUCAUUUGACGAUAUGACGCGAAUAGACGGCUUCAUGACCAUUAAAUACAUUACGUCAGGGCAUUUUAUCCAAACCUUCUACCAAAAUUAAUUAAAACAUCGCAGCUUUUUGUUUAUUCUUGUGACUCUAAAAUCAAACAAAAAUAAUGUCUCAUACAUCAGGUGAAUAUUAUAUCAUUCGACGCGAAUAGAACGUGUCAUGACCACGAAAUACAUUACACCAGGACGUCUUACCCGAACACUCCCCAAACAGAAAUAAACAGCUUUUUGAUUAUUCUUGUAAUCAAUGUUGUUAUUUGAAAACGAACAAUGAUAAUACUUUUUAAAACAGCAGGUGCAUAUAAUAUCUCUUGAAGAACAAAGAGAUGCUGUCUUGGCCAUUAGACACUUCGGUAAAAGUCCUACCCCAACAAAAUCAAACAAACAAACAAACAAAUAAACAGACAAUACCUUAGGAUCAACAAAAGACAAAAACAACAACAAUAACACCAAAGGUCACAAUACUUAAACAUAACGCAUAAAAAAACCCAAAAAACUUUAACAGAACAAAAAUUAAACCAACAAAAAUGUGCGCCGUGCUGUAUAAACGAGGUAUUAAAUUGUGUGUCACAAUAUGUCAUUUUGGUACGAUAGUCAAAAUAUGUAUAAAAACCGACAAUUCACAUAAAAAGGGAAAAUCAAAAUGACCGUAUGGUAUAAUAUGGUCAACUACAAAUUAUGGCAAACAAUUCUACCAAGUGUAUGAACUUUCUGUCAAAUGGUCUUAGAGGAUUUGCGUUCAAAAUAUGUUGUUGUUACACUCAUUAUAUACCAUAAAACCUUUAGUUGUAUUUCACCAGAUGUUUGCAAUUCUAUUAUUAUGAAUUAUAAUCGUGCAAAGAAUGGUGUCUUCACGUUCUCUAGUUCGCCGAUAGAUUUUCCGUAUACAGUGACCAUCAUUACGAGACCUCUCUCUAGUACUUUGGAAAGCGCACAGCGCAAGUGCAAGGGACAAACAUUGUUGAAAGAAAAGAUAGAAAGGAUGUUUAAGAUAGCGUUAAUUGAUUCUGACAGAAAAAUGUAGAUACACCAAAUCAUUUUACAACUGUGAUGACAAAAUUUUUCACGUGCUUCAUGAUUCUAUGAGGAAUGUUUAUCGAGUUACGCUAGGUAAAUUUCGACAAUAAACAACAAAAUUUUAUUUGAAAAUAUUAUAGACCGUUUAUUCCGUAAGAAACAAGUACCGUAAUAUUUUGUUAUGUGCAAUUAUCUUUUUUUUUAUUUCGAACUACUACUAUGAGGGAACGGCUAAUCCACGACAACCCCCUAGAUGAGUUUCAAUAAACU